AAACACCUCUAGGUCCCGCAUGCACCUUAUCGUCUUAUUGUAUUGUCCCAUGAUGCUUUAUAUAAUCCUACCAAACCCACUCACCAGACUCAUCGAGACAGAUCAAAGCAUCGCGAGAUCAGAGAUUAAUUUGUAGUCGGAGCUGAAAUGGAAGGUAAGGAAGAGGAUGUUAGAUUGGGGGCCAACAAGUUCCCGGAGAGGCAGCCAAUCGGGACAGCAGCUCAGAGCCAGGAUGGUGCCAAGGACUACACUGAGCCACCGCCGGCGUCGCUGUUAAUUGAGCCUGGGGAGCUGUCCUCUUGGUCCUUUUACAGGGCUGGGAUCGCGGAGUUCAUUGCGACUUUCCUGUUUCUGUACAUCACAAUUUUAACGGUGAUGGGAGUUGUCAAGGCCCCCACUAAGUGCACAACAGUAGGCAUUCAAGGGAUCGCUUGGGCAUUUGGCGGAAUGAUCUUCGCCCUCGUCUACUGCACCGCGGGCAUCUCAGGUGGUCACAUAAACCCGGCGGUGACGUUUGGGCUGUUUCUGGCGAGGAAACUGUCGCUGACGAGGGCGGUGUUCUACAUGGUGAUGCAGUGCUUGGGAGCAAUCUGUGGUGCAGGUGUUGUGAAAGGAUUCGAGGGGAGACGCCAGUACGAAAGUUUGAAAGGUGGGGCCAACUUUGUUGCCCCUGGUUACACCAAGGGUGAUGGCCUUGGCGCUGAAAUCGUUGGCACCUUCGUUCUUGUAUACACUGUUUUCUCAGCCACUGAUGCCAAGCGUAGCGCCAGAGACUCCCACGUUCCCAUUUUGGCACCUCUACCAAUUGGGUUCGCGGUGUUCUUGGUUCACUUGGCUACCAUCCCCAUAACUGGAACCGGUAUUAACCCAGCUCGGAGUCUUGGUGCGGCAAUCAUCUUCAACAAGGACCUCGGUUGGGAUGACCAUUGGAUUUUCUGGGUAGGACCAUUCAUUGGUGCAGCACUUGCAGCUCUAUACCACCAGGUUGUGAUUAGAGCCAUGCCUUUCAAAUCGAAGUGAAGCGUUACGCAUGAUCACGCAACUCGUGAUGCUUUUAUUUGCGGCCACUGACGUUGAAAGUUAAAGAUCUUGCCGAGUCUGUCCAGUACUUUCCCUGUUUUCUCCGUGUAUGUGUACGUCCGUAAGAUGAUAUGUAAUACUACUAUGAGCAUGCUUCUUUUGAGGUCCCCCCGGUCCCCCUUCUUUUUCUUGUUUUUCCUUCGAAGGGGGGUUAAUAGGUUAUUAUUAAUGGGCCCCAUUCAUAGUGGGUGGGCUUUGUAUUUCUAGCUGUGAAUUAAUUGUGUAUGGACUAAGUGCGUACUGUUCUUUUUACCUUGAGAAAAAAAAAAAAAAAAAAAGAGUGCGUACUGUGCUUUUAUCUA